AUGCAAAUCAUGAAACAACCUCCACAACUUGUCACCAAAUGGGAUAAAAGUUUUUUUUUACAAUUACUAAUGAUGGUACCAUUGGUUGUUGUAUGUUUUCCAUCGAGUUUUAACCGAAGUGAAGAAUUUAAACAAUCUCCAUUGCCAAAACCAAUAGAUUUACUUCCUUCGAUUAUUCCAUUAGCAGUUAUAUCUAUUUUAAGAAUUGUUCUUGCAGAAAAUUUAUUUAAAAAGAUUGCUAAGAAAGUUGUAUAUAGAAAACCAGAAUGGGAUGAAAAAUUUACUCAAUUCAGAUAUGAAAGAUUUGGACUAACAUUUUUCAAAUUUCUUUAUUAUCUUGGUGUUGCACCAUUUGGUGUAUAUUUAUUUAGAAAUGAAGAUUGGAUGCCAAGUGCUUUAUUUGGUCAAGGAAAAAGUGAUUUAUUACUGAUUUAUGAAAAUUUCCCAUAUGUUCCUGAAGUUCCUUAUUUAACAAUGUUCUAUUGUUUGGAAUUAGGGUAUCAUCUACACUCUCUACUUUUCCAUAUUUGUUCAACUCCUCGAAAUGAUUAUUAUGAUACUUUACUCCAUCAUGUAGCAACUAUCUUUUUAGUCAUUUUCAGUUAUGUAAAUAAUUGUGGAAGGAUUGGAGUUUGUGUAAUGGUUCUUCAUGAUAUUGUUGAUGCGAUUAUGUAUUAUACAAAAUGCACUAAUGAUUUUAAAAAUCAAGUUCCAUGUUAUAUUGGAUUUUUCUUUUUAGUAAUUUCUUAUGCACGAUUUAGAUUAUACGUAUUUCCAAGAUAUAUUAUUUAUGCUGCUAUUCAAGCAUAUCCAUUUAUUCCAAAAAAUGCAACAGGAGGAUACAUUGUUUGGGGUCUUCUUGUUGGAAUGUUAUGUUCAUUGUUGAUAUUACAUAUUUACUGGUUUAAGUUAAUUAUUGAAAUGAUAUUUAAAGUAGCUUCCCAUGAAGGAGUUGUUGAUCCUCAUGCUGGGAAACAAAAGAAUGAAUUAUAA